AUGCUCUCACUACCCAGAAGGCUCAUCUAUGGCAGCCAGACCAAGUUCGACUUCAAGCUCUCCCAGCUCGACGGAAUCGCCCGGCUCUACUCGGAACGGCAUAUCCCCUACCACGACAGCAAAUACUGGUCACGCUAUCUCCAGCUCGAUACACCCUCCGAUGUCUUUUCUUUGCUGUCUUUGGCGGACCUUCGACGCGCCCGCAAAGAUGCUCCCGAAAACGUGGUCACCCUGGUCAGGGUCAUGGUAGCCCACCUCGAAAGCCUUCUCGUCGACCCCCUCUUUGAACCGCCAGCUCCCACCUAUGGCGCAUCUCUCGAUCAGGGCGUCUUGGCAUCUACAUUCAAUGGCAUUGCUGACAUCUCGAAAUGGAAGGUCCCAGGUGCCUCGCUUAUGGGCUUCGACUCGGCGCAGACCGCGCCAGGCUCUGUACAGAGGGAUCGCGCAAAGGAGGCCCUGAACGUCGUUCGCAUCCUCACCAGAACCUUGCCCGCUGUCAUGGAGUCGGACGAUGCUGCAUUUGAGCACGAGGUGCUCUGGACCCAGGCACCCGAAGCAUAUGCAGAUCCGAGUCCUUCUUCCCAAAGCACAGCCUCCAACACUGCUCUCAACGCUCCCAGUGACAAGGCUGACACCUCGGCGCAAUUCGUCAUCGAUGAUGAGGAGGGGGACGAAGCGUCAAACGAAUCCGGCGCUUUUGAUCAUCCUCUCAGCGGAGAAAAGACCGACAACAAGGUAGAAUCGCAUCACGAAGAUGAGCCAAUACCCGUAGCUCUGGGAGAGCGCUUGGUCAGGCUCGUAGUCGAUCUGCUCUUUUGCUCUGGCUUCACCCUCCCGUGGACGGAAGAUCAGCUCGAAGAUUCCGCCAGCAGUGUACUACCAAAGCGCAUCAACUACGCCAUCUGGGAGGCCGGCGUGGGAAGCUCGGUCACUUUACCUGGCACUACGCGCUUCCACGUCUCGAACCGAGUCGAGGUGUUGCGCUUGCUGCUUGUCGUUCUGUCCAAAAGCGUCUACAUCCCCGCCAACAAGCAAAGCACCCAAGUCGAUCCUGCUCUCAAAUUUACCGUCCAGGACUUGGAUCGAGGAAUCGUGCUGCCGCUGCUCUGCAGCCUCCUCAACACGUGCAUCACCAAUGCGCGCAAUUCCACCUCAGCCUGGCUCGGCUUGCCUAGCGUCAGCGGUUUGGUGGGAGGAUCCAACGACGAAGUGCGCACCAGCUUGGUUACUACUUCGCUACAGAUCCUGGACGUGCUGCUCACCUACGAUGCACCGCUGCCCGGCGAGGCGGAUGCUGUGAGCUUGAGCACGAUUGGGCGACCUCUACCGGGUCCAGGGGGUCGCAACGUCUUCCGCUUUUACCUCAGCAAGCUGCACCGCACUGCCGACUUUGACUUUGUUUGGACCGGCCUUUUGAGGUCUUUCAACGAACACAUCAACUCGACGAUUCAGAUCCUUGCCAUCCCCAUCCCCACAGGCGGUCAGGGCAGGAGAGCCGCAGAAUCCAGUUGGCAGCUGAGCCAGGUCGCCGAGCGCAUGGUCCUGCUCUGGCGCCUGCUUGAGCACAAUAACAAGUUUCGGCUGUAUGUGCUUGACGAUUCCAAGCGUGCGCCGGAGCUGUUGACAGUACUGCUCUAUUUUGCGCUCACGUACAAGGAUAAUGUGGCUCUGCAGGGCCUGGUGCGCCUCUGUGCGUUUAUGCUGCAGGAUGUGUCGAGCGAGCAUGCCUUUGCUGUGCAUCUCGCCAAGCCUGGGAGUGCGGCCAAAGUACAUCUGCCGAGCAGAUUGGGGCUGCUGGGAGGCAAUACGGCGAUUGAUUUCCUCGUGCAAGGAGUCUACGCGCUCAUCGCUACCACGAAAGGUCAGCUCGCAUCGCUCUAUGCACCCCUCGUCAUCUCGCUCAGCAACACGGCCCCUGCGUGGAGGUCGUUGUCCAUUACAGCGUCGAGUCGCGUGAUACAUCUGCUCCGGUCAUUUUCACAGCCGUCGUUCUUGUUGUCCGACGAAGGGCAUCCGAGAUUGUUGUUCUAUGUGUUGGAGACCGUGAAUGCGGUGUUGACGUUUGGAUACAAUGCCAAUGUGAAUCUGGUGUACUCGCUGGUGUUGGCGAGGGCGGUGGUGGAGGGGCUGGAAGGUUUCUCUCUGAGGAAGGGAGUGGAGGAGGUGUGGAAGAGGAGAAGGGCGGUGGGGACGGAGACGAGGGAUUGGUUCGAGGGUAAGCCGAGGUUGGAGAAGGUGCCACUUCUGCCUGCGUCGCCUUCUUUGCCUGAAUCGAGUGCUGCUGCGGGGAAAGAGGUGACUACGAGCGAGGACGGGGAAGUAAUGCCAACAGCAGUAGACAAGGGAAAAAUGCGCCGCAUCUCGACCUCGUCCAUUGAUCUUCGCAAUUCAAGAUCAGCGACAGAAUGGCAAGGCGAGCUCUCCAAGUACCCGCUCGAUGUCGUCGAAGAGGUCGCGGCACAUUACAUAGGCAAACGCGGCUUCCGCCCGACCCAAGACUGGGUCGAGUCGUGGCACCUCGGUCUACCGCUUUCGACGCCUCGCUUGGUGAUCGACAAGCUGCUCCCCGAAAUCGAGCGCAUCGCAGCGGCCAGUGCCACGGGCAGCCAGGUUGAAAUCACGGGUGGCGACACGGAUGCGCGUGUGCUGGCGUAUCUCAGGGUGCAGAAGAUGGAGGAGUAUCUCCCGCCGCCGGUGGGAGGCAUUCAUGCGAGGGCAUGGACGUGGACCGAACAUGCAAGUGUGUGGUUGAGGAGCUACCUGUGGGGCACGAUUUAUGUUUCGGCGCUGUUGCCGUUUGGGCUGUGGAGCGAUACGGAUGUGAAGCUGUUUAGGAUCCAUGGCUCGGAGGCGAGGAGGGAGGGGCAAGAGGCGAGGGCUGGUGAGGGUGGUAGCGGAGGGGAGGGAGACAGAGCGGUGCGUGGAGAGGAGAAGGGGAAGGCGGCGUCGACUGGUUCGACGUGA